AUGACGUCGAGGCGGUGCCCGGGGGCGACGAGCCUGACGGUGACGGAGGACCGGUUCGGCGUGCUGGAGGACGAGAGGACCGGCGAGCGGCAGGCCGUGCGCCGCUUCGCGCUGGACAGCGGCCGCGGCCUCUCCUUCCAGGUGGUCACGCUCGGCGCCGCCGUGACCGCGCUCUCGCUGCCUGACCGCCGAGGCGCCGUCGAGGACAUCGUGCUCGGCUUUGACAGCCUGCAAGACUAUGUGGAGCACUCGGCGCUGUCGCUGAGCGGCGUGAUGGGCCGCGUGUCGGGGCGCGUGGGCGGCGCCAGCUUCCGCCUCGGGGAGAACAUCCACUUCGUCACCGAGAACGACGGCCACCACCACCGCGACGGCGGGGUCGCCGCCUUCCACAAGGUGCGCCGUAACCGCUUCUUCUUAGGGAGCUUCCUGGAUGAUGGUGAUGAUGAUGAUGAUAGUGGUGGUGAUGAUGGUGGUGGUGGUUUUUGA